CGGCGGCCGCCAGGGGGCGGAGCGGGCGGCGGCGGCGGCGGCGGGCGGCCAUGCCGUACGCCAACCAGCCCACGGUGCGCAUCACCGAACUCACGGACGAGAACGUGAAGUUCAUCAUCGAGAACACGGACCUGGCCGUGGCGAAUUCUAUUCGAAGAGUGUUCAUAGCGGAAGUUCCCAUUAUAGCCAUCGACUGGGUCCAGAUAGAUGCCAACUCCUCUGUGCUCCAUGAUGAGUUCAUUGCACACAGACUGGGCCUGAUCCCACUCACCAGCGAUGACAUUGUGGAUAAGAUGCAGUAUUCCAGAGACUGCACGUGUGACGAGUUUUGUCCGGAGUGUUCUGUGGAGUUUACCCUUGAUGUCCGGUGCAAUGAAGACCAGACUCGUCAUGUCACAUCCCGCGAUCUCAUCUCCAACAACCCCCGCGUUAUACCGGUGACAUCUCGGAGCAGAGACAACGACCCCAAUGACUACGUGGAACAGGAUGAUAUCCUCAUUGUGAAGCUGCGGAAGGGCCAGGAGCUCAGAUUGCGAGCCUAUGCCAAGAAGGGCUUUGGCAAGGAGCACGCCAAGUGGAACCCCACGGCUGGCGUAGCCUUUGAGUACGACCCGGACAACGCGUUGAGGCACACGGUGUACCCGAAGCCGGAGGAGUGGCCCAAGAGCGAAUACUCCGAGAUCGAUGAGGAAGAUGCUCAGGCUCCCUAUGAUCCUAAUGGGAAGCCAGAAAGGUUUUACUAUAACGUGGAAUCCUGCGGUUCCCUUCGCCCGGAGACCAUCGUUCUGUCUGCGCUGUCCGGCUUGAAGAAGAAACUGAGCGACCUCCAGACCCAGCUGAGCCAUGAGAUUCAGAGUGACGUCCUAACUAUAAACUGAGGUGGCCCCAUGGCAGGAGACUCUCCAGGCACAAGUGAUGCAGAAGAGUUCCUGCCUCUGCCUGGCAGCAGGCUGGGCAAAGCUGCACCUGCCUGGACUGAGGCUUUUACCUCCUCAUCCCCCCCUCUGCCUUUCCUGACCUGGCUCUGCUGUUCGAUGACACCUCUUCCCUUGCUUCCCUUCCCAAACUAUGCCAUCACAACGUGUAUAGUAAAGCAGGAAGAGAACUUACGGGUACUGUGAAUGCCUUUGUUGGGAUGGGGUUUUGUCCCUAAGUGAUCCCAGUGUUUUAGCCCAGAGUUUUGGACUCCGGUCACGUGGCAUUUGGAACAGGGAAGCGCAUACCUUGGUUACACAACCCUAUCUUAUUUGCAUGUCCGUUCCUUACUGUGCUGAAUAAAGCCUUACCCCCUGUGUUCA